AUGGACAACCUCAGCGUCAAUAAAGAGUAUCCUCCCAUUCACGAGCUUGCUAAGACGGCUCAUAUCAAGAAUGUUGAACAAUAUGAAGCCAUGUACAAGCAUUCGCUUGAGGAUCCAGAGACUUUCUGGGGUCAAUUGGCGAUUGAGAAUCUCAAUUGGUUCCGUCAAUUCGACCAGACACUUGCAGGUACUAUACACAAAGGUGAUGUGGCUUGGUUUCUCAAUGGUCAACUCAAUGUGAGUGUCAAUUGUAUUGACCGUCAUGUCAAGAAACAUCCAGACAAGGUCGCUAUCAUUUGGGAGGCCGAUGAGAUUGGUGAAGGUCGUACGAUUACGUACUUGGAACUACUGGAGGAGACGUGUCGUGUGGCUAAUGCCAUGAAACAUGCUGGUGUCAAGAAAGGUGACACUGUAGCGAUUUACAUGCCCAUGAUUCCUGAGAUUGCAUUCGUCAUGCUCGCUUGUACUCGCAUCGGUGCUGCACAUAGUGUUGUCUUUGCUGGGUUUUCAGCGGACGCUCUACGUGAUCGACUCAUUGAUGCCAAGACUCAAUGGGUCUUUACUUCAGACGAGGGCAAACGUGGUGGUCGCACGCUACCGCUGAAACAGAUUGUCGACGUUGCUGUGAAUGGUCUUGAGUUUGUACGUAACGUGUUUGUCUUUAAACGGACACACAACCCACAAGUAAAAAUGAAUCCGAAAAUUGACAUUGACAUGGACGAAGAAAUACUGCGUCAUCGUCCGUACUGCCCUGCAGAGUUUAUGAACUCGGAAGAUUUGAUGUUCAUCUUGUACACAUCGGGAUCAACUGGUACCCCCAAGGGAAUUGCUCAUACGACGGCUGGCUAUCUCUUGUAUGCUAUGAUCACUUGCAAGUACACAUUUGACUUGCAGCAUGACGAUGUGUACGCUUGUGUCGCUGACGCGGGCUGGAUUACUGGACACAGCUACAUUCUGUAUGGUCCGCUUGCCAACGGCGCCACUACGGUCAUGUUCGAGGGCACACCUAUGCACCCGGAUCAUGGUCGCUACUGGGAUCUGAUCCAGCGCCACAAGGUGACCAAGUUCUACACUGCCCCGACGGCGAUUCGUGCGUUGAUGGCUCGCGGCAAUGACAAGAUUAAAGAGUAUGAUCUGUCCACCUUGAAAAUCCUUGGUAGUGUUGGCGAGCCGAUCAAUCCAGAGGCGUGGAAGUGGUAUUACGAGGUGGUGGGCAACCGCCAGUGCUACAUUGCCGACACAUAUUGGCAAACGGAGACAGGUGGACACAUUGGCGUUGGCCUUCCAGCUGCCACCCCGAUGAAACCCGGAUCGUGCACGAAACCGUUCUUUGGCAUUGAUUUCGUAUUGACGGAUGAGAUCGGUAACGAGAUCGAGGGCAACGGCGUUGAAGGUCAGCUUUGCAUCCGUAAGCCCUGGCCCGGUAUAGCUCGCACAGUGUAUGGCAACCACAACCGUUAUCUUCUCACGUAUAUGGCGUCCCACAAGGGUCUGUACUUCACUGGAGAUGGCUGCCGUCGCGAUAAAGACGGGUACUACUUCAUCACUGGCCGUAUCGACGAUGUUCUGUGCACGUCCGGUCAUCGCAUCGGUACAGCAGAAAUCGAGAGCGCUUUGGUGGCACACAACGUAGUAGCCGAGGCCGCGGUGAUCGGUAUCCCUCAUCGUAUUAAGGGGGAGGGUAUCUGCUGCUUCGUGACGCUACUGAACGGCGUAACACCAAACGACAAAGUGCAGAAGGAGUUGAUGAUCCAGGUACGGUCGCACAUUGGCGCAUUUGCGACACCUGACCUGAUUAUUCUCGUGCCUGGACUGCCGAAGACGCGCAGUGGCAAGAUUAUGCGCCGCGUAUUGCGCAAAAUCUCUCAUGGCGAGGAGGAUUCGCUCGGCGACGUGUCCACGCUGGCUGAUCCAUCUGUGGUGCCAAUAUUGAUCACGAACACGAAGGCAGCACUCGUUGGAAAGUCGUUCUAA